GCAGAAUGGCUGAAAAAGCAGACGAUUUAUACCUACCGAAUGCAGUGCUUCUUCGAAUUAUACGUGAUUCCCUACCUGAACGAACGAUAGUCAGUCGUGAGGCACGUUCAGCUAUCAGUAAAUCAGCUAGUUCAUUUAUUCUCUAUGUCACUUCACUGGCUAGUGUUCACUGUGAAAAGUCGAAACGUAAAACGUUAACUGGAAAUGAUAUACUGGCUGCUUUGAAAGAAAUGGAAUUUGGUCAUUUUAUACCAGCGUUGAAUGCGUUUCUAGAAAAGUAUCGUGAACAAACAACUGCGAGAAAAACGCAUAAACGUUUACACAGUGAAAUUGAAGAGGGCAAAACCAGUAACCAGUUGAUUAAGAAUCCACCAUCCUCCUCCUCCUCCUCCACCUUAGUAGCAUCAUCAUCGUCAUCAUCGUCUACAAUGAUACCGAGUUCUAAACUCUUCAGAGAUAACAACGUUGUCUCCUCAUCAGAGAUUGAAGAGGAGAAUCUGGACGAGAAUGAUCCAAACGAUGAAGAUGUAACUGAUGAAGAAGUAGAAGUAGUCGAAGUUGAGGAUGAAGAAGAAGAGGACGUUGUGGAAGUCGAUGAAGUCUAUGCAGACGUAGGAGAAGGAGAAGAAGAAGCAGUUGAAGUAGACGAGGUGGAACCAGAUGAAGAUAUUCAUUUCAACGAAGAGAAUGUAGGCCAUGACCAAGGAGUAAUUGUCAUUGCUGAUGAUGACAACAGUUCACAGAAGACAGAAGCUCUGAAAGAAAAUGACGAUUCUGUUUGAUGAUUUUGUUCUUCUGUAAAUGGAAAGGGUGAUCGUGAAGUUGUUUGUAUACAUGUUGGACAAGCUGGUAUACAAAUCGGUAAUGCCUGUUGGGAAUUAUUUGGUAUGGAACAUGGCAUAAAACCUGAUGGACUUAUGAUUGAUGGAUUCUUUCCAACGGAUAAUUCUUUUCGAACAUUUUAUAUGGAAACAGGUCAUGGGAAAUUUGUACCACGUACGGUGUUUG